GUUACUCUGAAAGGAAGGAAGUUACUGCUUUUUUCUCUCAGACAAACAAGCUCUGGUUUUAGAGAGAAAAUGCCAAAGUACAUAACUUAAUGUUCUCUUUUCACUUGGAUAUGUUGAGUGGCUUUCUUGAAGAAAAAACUUCCUAAUCAGCCUGAAGCCUCUAUUGUUUCCUAAGGUUGUCUAAUAUGCUAAAGAGUACAAGUGGAAAAGAAAACAAAAGGGGGAAGAUGUUUGAUCUCUGUUCUGAGUUCAAGAGCACAAAGCUAGAAUGCUGAAGCAAUUAGAAGGAGAAAGAAAAGGAAUGACAGAUCAUUAUCUUUGCCUUUUUCCACUCCUCUGGAAUCACUCCUGUCUUCCAUGACUUUUUGAAGAUGUGAAAGAAAAUGAAGACUAGCAGCUCGGGUGCAGAAUUAAAAGCAGAUCAGAAUCAGCAACCUGUUUCCCAUUGCAUGGCCUAAAUCUUCAGCUGGAAAUAGGACAACAAAACCACUCCCUGAGCAUGACUUGAACAUGCAGAUAAGGUAAUUCUCUAAUGGAUCAAUGAAAACAAAACGAUGACAAGUUGUGGUCAACAGUCCUUGAAUGUGCUGAUGGUUGUGUUCUUAUUGCUCUUGUCGGCAGCAUUGUCUGCACAUUUUCGUGUCUGUGAGCCAUAUACAGACUACAAAGGCCGCUACCACUUUGGUUUUCACUGCCCACGUCUUUCUGACAAUAAAUCUUACAUCUUCUGCUGUCACCAUAACAACACGGUAUUUAAAUACUGCUGCAAUGAGACAGAAUUUCAGACUGUUAUGCAGAUGAACCUAACGGGGAAUGCAGAUGGAUAUAUGCAUAACAAUUACAGUGCGUUGUUAGGAGUGUGGAUCUAUGGCUUUUUUGUUGUGAUCCUGCUGGUACUGGACCUUUUAUAUUACUCAUCAAUGAACUACGAUAUUUGCAAAUUUUACCUGGCAAGGUGGGGAAUCCAGGGAAAGUGGAUGACACAGGCACAGAGCCGAUGGAUUAACCCUGCUCAGCAUCCAAGCCAAGUACAGACUCAGCCUCAGUCUCAGCCUCAAAUGUCACAGGCAGUACAUACUUUAAAAGGAGAUGCUUUAAACCCACCAUUGAUGUCUUUUCAGAGUUCAUCUGCCUGGAACCCGUUGUCUGCUGGUGGCCAGCUGCUUUGAGUCUUUCAUCUGACUCUACUGGACCUUUAUGGACUGUUUUUGUUGGACAGAAUUCAGAUCUGCCUAGAGUUUUUCCUGCUGCCCAGCAGGGAUCCAAUCUCCCACUAAGACCAGGUGUAUGGUAUCUAGCAGAGAUGAGUUUGAUCAGGAGAUCAUUGCAAGCAUCUGGACAGCAAUGUGUACCUAGAGAAUGGUGUAAGUAAUAUGCCUAGCACAAUAAGUUAUAGGCAUUUCAACCUGCUCAUGGCUUCCAGGAGACCUAUCCUGGUAAGCCAUUUGAGAUAGGGGAUUGGAGCCCCUUGGGUCAGGCUCGCCCACUAUUUGAGAAACUGCACUGCCCUGAUAGCUCAGUGGUUUGAGCACUGGCUUGCUAAACCUAGGACUGUGAGCUCAAUCCUUGAGGGGGCCAUUUGGAGAUUGGUCCUGCUUUGAGCAGGGGGUUGGCCUAGAUGACUUCCUGAGAGUCUAUGAUUUUAUGCCCAUACAAACUUAGAGCAGGGAGGGAAGACUUGGGCAUUAGGAGUGCUGUUGGGGAAGGCCAGUGCCCACAGAAAAACAAUUGUGUGCCUAACUGGUUACAAGACCUGAACUUUGCACCCCACUAGGCCAACAACAAGGGCAGAGCACAGUUAAGAUUCACUGGUACGUCUCAAAAAAAAAAAAAGUAAGGUGGGGAUCAGAGGGAGGGACCAAUCUGUCCUAUUGGUAUUAACAGGCAUAAAAUUAGAGCAAGUGAAAAAUCAGGCUCUUAAUGUUAAAGAAGCCUGCAAAUAUUAAAGAUGAAAUUUAUAAAAAAAUAACUUGUAAAACUGUAUGGGCAUAGAAAUGCAUGGGAGAAGGUUUGUGUACUUGGUAUAUUUAAUCACUAGACCUAAUAAGCUGCAACCUCCUGGGAUUCUUUUUUACAAGUUCAAGUGUCUUAAAAAACAGUGAAAAUUCAGCUCUGAAUGUUCACCACCCUUAAUGUAACAUAAGCUUGUUUUCUUGCAACUGGAGUUUCUAAUGUCAGAGACUAAAGCCAGUAUUUCUAGUGUUAUGGGUUUUAUUUAUUUAAAAUCUUGACGACUUUGUCAUCGUGGUCAGCAGACUUUUUUUUCUUUAAUAUAUAUAAUGCAAGCGUAUUUGUGCAUAAUAUUUUUCCUGUACAAAGUAUUAAAAAAACCAGAGUGCCUUGUGAAGCAUAAGGCUAAUGGGAGAUAGCUGUAGGGAUUUGUUCUGUGAAUUGCAUGGUAUUUUGUUUUACCCCGCUCUUUGCCUCUCCAUCAAACUGGGACUGCUGCAUUCAGCAGCAUUUCACUCACAGCCAGGUCCAUUUGUUACUUUGCAUUAAAAGCCUUCUGUGAUUAAACUAAA